UCCUCCUCAACUCCUCCCCUGUGCUGAUGAUCAGCUAAAUGCUGUCGCUGGGGCGCCUAGCGAGGCGCAGCAGGGGCUUUCAGCCCCUGAUGGCGCGCGCCUUUCAGUCCAGCGGCGACAAGCUCGCGGCGGAGCCCGAGCCCGUGCCGCUGUCCAAGCUGAAGGAUAGCUUCCUGGACGGCACGUCCAGCACAUACCUGGAGGAGCUGGAGGAGCGCUACCGGGCCAAUCCUCGCAGCGUGGACAAGUCAUGGGCCUCCUUCUUCCACAGCAUGGACAUGGGCGUGCCGGCGGAGUCGGUGGCGGAGGCGUACGACGCGUUCGAGCGGGGGGAGGUGACCAGCCCGCUGACCGCCGCCGCCAUCUCCAACCAGACGAUCCAGGAGAGCAUGCGGCUGCUGCUCAUGGUGCGCGCCUUCCAGGUCAUGGGCCACUACGCGGCCCAGCUGGACCCGCUGGGCAUCGACGAGCGGCCUCGGGUCAAGGAGCUGGAUCCCGCAUACUACGGCUUCACGGAGAAGGACCUGAACCGGGAGUUCUACCUGGGCACCUGGAACAAAGAGGGGUUCAUGGCUGAGGGGCGCCAGGUGCGCACGCUGGGCGAGAUCCUGGAUCGACUGAGGGAGACGUACUGCUCGUCCAUCGGAUACGAGUACAUGCACAUCCCCGACUCUGAGCGCUGCAACUGGCUGCGGGCGCGCAUCGAGACGGCUGAGCGGCAGGAGUACAGCCAGGAGGAGAAGCUGCGCAUACUGGACAGGCUGACCUGGAGCGAGAUGUUUGAGUCCUUCCUGGCCAACAAGUACACGGCCGCCAAGCGGUUUGGGCUGGAGGGGUGCGAGGCGCUGAUCCCGGGCAUGAAGGCGCUCAUCGACAGCGCCGCCGACCAGGGCGUGAGCAGCGUGGUCAUCGGCAUGCCGCACAGGGGGCGCCUGAAUGUUCUGGCCAAUGUGAUGCGGAAGCCCAUGGAGGCGGUGUUCUCGGAGUUUGCGGGGCGCAAGCCGUCCAAGGGCGGUGACACCAGCGGGGACACGUACAUGGGAAGCGGCGACGUGAAGUACCACCUGGGCACCUCGUACGACCGGCCCACCAUCUCGGGCCAGGGAAUUGUGUAUGAGUCUCUGGAUAUGAGCCAGCUGCCCGACUACACUGUGGGGGGCACCAUCCACCUGGUGGUGGCCUUCACCACCGACCCCAAGAAGUCGCGCAGCAGCCCGUACUGCACAGAUGUGGCCAAGGCGCUGGCCUGCCCCGUGUUCCACGUGAACGCCGACGACGCAGAGGCGGUGGUGCGCGUGUUUGAGCUGGCAGCCGAGUGGCGCCAGACGUGGCACGGCGACGUGGUGAUCGACCUGAUCGGAUACCGCCGCUACGGUCACAACGAGAUUGACGAGCCGAUGUUCACGCAGCCCAUCAUGUAUCAGGCCAUCAAGCGGCACAAGAAUGCGCUGCAGGUGUACCAGGAGAAGCUGCUCAAGGAUGGGUCCAUCUCCAAGGACCAGAUCCGCCAGAUUGCGGAUAAGGUGCAGAAGCAGCUGCACGAUGCAUUCGAAGGUGCCAAGGAAUACAAGCCCAAGAAGGGAGACUGGCUGUCCAGUUACUGGGCCGGCUUUAUGAGCCCGCACCAGCACUCGCGCAUCCGCAACACAGGCGUUCCCGUGGAGCUUCUGAGGGAGGUUGGGUACGCCAUCACGCGCCUGCCCGAGGGCUUCACCCCUCACCGCCAGAUUGCCAAGGUGUACGAGGCGCGGCGGCACAUGGUGGACAGCGGGGAGGGGUUGGACUGGGGCAUGGCCGAGGCGCUGGCCUUUGGCACGCUGCUGGCGGAAGGCAACCACAUCAUCUUUGACCAGUUUGUGAGCAGCGGCGAGGCCAAGUGGCUGCGCCAGACGGGCCUCACGGUGCUGCUGCCGCACGGGUACGACGGGCAGGGCCCCGAGCACUCCAGCGCGCGCAUGGAGCGCUUCCUGCAGAUGGUGGAUGAGGACCCGUACCAGCUGCCCACCAUCGACGAGUCCAAGUGGUUCAUCGGUGGCCACCUGGGCUCCCAGAUCCAGUCCUGCAACUGGCAGGUCGUCAACUGCACCACCCCCGCCAACUACUUCCACGUCCUGCGCCGCCAGCUGCACCGCCAGUUCCGCAAGCCCCUCAUCCUGUUUGCCCCCAAGAACCUGCUGCGCCACCCGCUGGCCAAGUCGCCGCUGGCGGAGUUCAGCGAGUCGGCGCUGGACAAGGACAUACAGGGCGUGCGCUUCAAGCGCGUCAUCAUGGACGAGUCCUCCACCGACCGGUCCUUCGACCCGCCCAAGCAGGAGGGCUUCAAGCGCAUGGUCUUCUGCUCCGGCAAGGUGAUGUGGACCCAGGAGGAGCCGAUGAAUAUGGGCGCCUACCUGCACGUGCAGCCGCGCUUCCAGCGGUGCAUGGAGGCCAUGGGGCGUGAGGUGCCCAUGGCUGUCAAGUACAGCGGCCGCCCCUCCAUGGCCUCCACUGCCACCGGCUUUGGCGAGGUCCACGCGCAAGAGCAGGCUGACCUCAUCAACAAGGCUCUUGACCUCUCCUACUGA